AAAUAACGUACAAAUACCUAUCUUUUGCUUAACUGCAGUUUUUAUAGAACACUGAACACCGUAAAUCAAAUUAACAUGGCAGACAUGUGUUAUUGUGUUAAAAUAAUUUGAGAGCGAAAGUAGGUCAGGGCUGCUUUUCAGAAACACAAACAACGUUCGUGUUUUCAUGACGUCACGCUACUGGCAAAUGUAGUUGUCUAAAUUUACUCGUGAAUGAAUAUUUCAAAAAGUCACGUUCACAACUCAACCAACUUCCAAAGAUUAUUUUUUCGUAAUUACAACCAAGUAUUUUGUUAUGUCAUUGUGUGGCGUCUUGGUUGCUUUCAGGGUUAAAAGUAAUGUUUACAGAUGAACACUGGACUACAAAUCCCAGACUGCACAAGGCGCUAUUGCCUGUGUAGAGGGGAGAGGGGACUCCUUUAAGCAACAUUCUUCUUUACCCAGUCUUCUGUUAGGGCGAUAUCAACUACAUUUCUGGUUAUUACCGUUAGAGUUUUAGUUUGCUAGAAUUUUAGAUUAAUAGUUGUGUUUUAUUUUCUAACCUGGCUCUCGCAGGAAGUUAUAAACUAUUCGCUCCACGGUAAACUCGUCUUCUGCUGGUCGCUAAGGUAGAGCUUGUUAGCUAGCUUACAUUAGCCAGCAGCUAUCAGUAGAUUUAGGUUACGGCUUAUAUCCGUGGCCGCCCUGCCAGGUAAAUCUACUAAAGCUGAAGGCGCCGGUCACCGACAAUGAUUUGUCCAAUUCACCCAUGUCUGAGUGUUGACGUUGGUAAAUAAUUAAUCUGACUUGGGAACGAAUCGUCGCAACCUUUGUUUGGUUUGUGCGCAGCCUGGCUGGUUUGGCCUGUUUCAUUGUCUCCGAACAUCGAAAACACACAAGUUGUUUUUUUUCAGUGUCAGUAAGUUGUUUGGCUACUUAGGCUAGCCGUGUUCGUGUAAACAAAACCAUCAGCUGUCGACUGCAGAUAACGUUAAUCUUGAGAGCUAACCUAGUUCAGUAUGGCGCAACACGACUCAUCUCAUGUAGCCAGUUCACAGAAAGCACUCAUGUUGGAAAUGAAGAGCCUUCAGGAGCAGCCUGUCGAGGGAUUCAAAAUAACGCUGGUGGACGAGGCUGAUAUGUACAACUGGGAAGUGGCCAUUUUCGGACCGCCAAACACUCAUUAUGAGGGGGGGUAUUUUAAGGCUCGCAUCAAGUUCCCUAUUGACUACCCAUACUCCCCACCUGCCUUCCGAUUCCUCACUAAGAUGUGGCAUCCAAACAUCUAUGAGAAUGGAGAUGUGUGUAUUUCCAUACUGCACCCUCCGGUGGACGACCCGCAGAGUGGAGAGCUGCCUUCAGAGAGAUGGAAUCCCACCCAGAAUGUCCGGACCAUUUUGCUUAGUGUGAUCUCGCUGCUGAAUGAACCAAACACCUUCUCUCCUGCUAAUGUGGAUGCCUCUGUCAUGUACCGCAAAUGGAGGGACAGUAAGGGCAAGGACCGGGAGUACGUAGAGAUCAUCAGGAAACAGGUAUUGGCCACCAAGGCGGAAGCUGAGCGCGACGGAGUGAAGGUGCCCACCACACUGGCCGAGUACUGCGUGCGUACGCGCGCCCCGGCCCCCGACGAAGGCUCCGACCUCUUCUACGACUAUUACUAUGACGACGACGAUGUGGAGGACGGCGACGGCGACUGCUGCUACGAUGAGGAUGACUCAGGAAACGAGGAGUCGUGACGUGCUUUUUGACAGGACAACCCGAUCUCGCUGACGUGUGCUACCUGCUAUUUCUGUCUGGGAGGCCAGAAAUUCUUGGUCGACCACCAAGAAAGAUUUGAAGCUUCCCACUCCUAAACCAAUGAAAAGAGCUGUUUGUUUUUUUUCCUGAGCCUCUAGAUCCUUUUUGGAGGUGAAAAUGAAUGCACCAUUGUGGAACGGUCAGACCUGGUAAGAUUUGCACCAGCACAAAAUCACCAGUUUCUUCAAUUUUGCAAAUCGUUUUCUUUAUCACCUAAAACCUUACUUUGAGAGAAUACCUUCCAUCACUUAAUCCUGUUGAGUUGUUCAGGCCCCUGUAUAGUCUAUGGUAUUGUGGGGUUAAUACCACUGUCAACAAUAGCAACAUUUGGUGCAAACACUUCCAAACUUUGCUCAGCCUCUCUUGCAUAUCUUUCUUUCCCUAAUUGUAACUGGGUGUUGCUCACCAGUCGUCGGUCUCAGUGACUGGCUGACAGAAGAUUGAGGACUUCAAGCAGCUUGUUUUUGUUGAACAGUCUACUGCAAAUACGUUUGAAUAAGAUUUUUCCAAGUUUCACAGUCUGUCUCACUUCGACUGAACGGGAUGUCACGGGACAAUGUUUUCAAAGUUCUUGUGCAUGCCAGAACAUCAUUGGAAGCUUUUUGUCCGUUUUACUUGUGGACUUACAUCAUGAUCCAUUUAUAUGCUUGAUGAUAAGAAAGACUUGCGAUGAUGGAGAUCCCAGGCAACUUUGUGUCUGGAGGGACCGUCUGGCGAGCUGAGUGAGUGGGUCAAAUCCUCAUGUGAUUUUUGGUAACAUGAAAUUGAAAUCUUUGCUGUGUUUCUUCUGGUUACUGUUGGAUGUGUUUCUCUGUCAUUUUGAGUGUGGGAUUAUGUUAUUUGAAGUAGCUGAGAUUUAAGAGUCUUGUAGGAUGACCAAGUUUUCAGGGUUGGGGUUGGGGGGGGGGGGGGGGGGCAGAACUAAUUACUGAUCAGAAUUGUAUCUCUCCCUCAGGUUUGCUCUCUGAGAGGCCUGACGGAGCCACAGACCUAAAACAGUGUAAACUUAAAAAAAAAAAAAAGAAAAAGAAAAAAGCCCAAAACAUUUUAUGAGCGUUUGUUGUAUUCUUGUCUUUGUUUGCUCUCUCACAAGCUUUGUUAUUUUUAGACAUUAUGCCUGCAAUCUUUGCUUGAGAAUGAUUUAUGUGAUGAGAUUAUUAGAUUUUACUGGCAAAAAAAGCUUCUGUAGGAAAAGUGUCUGUCAAAAGGUGUUGUUGCAGUAUCAGUCAGGAUUAUCAAAGUGUUUCAGCCCUGGAAGUCCCUGGAAGUGAAAGAAUAAGGCCGCCAUGUUUUAUUUUUCAUUUCAGUUCUUUGUGUCAGCGGCGAGUGGACGGGUUUUGAUAUAAUUUUUAGAGUGCAUGGUGUCCUGUGUGUGUUUUUUGCAUCAGCAAUAUUGAUUGUUUCAUUUACUGAAAUUGGGACUUCAUACUGAAUUUCUCAGGAUAAUGAACAAAACAAUUAAGACAAGCAACUACUUUCCUCUUUUAGGUGGUCUUCAGAGUUGGUUUAUGCUUUUACAGGAACCAUAACUGAUAUGCACAUGUAGCUGUGUGAAUGAUCACCAUAUUGUUUUAUUCACUUGUGUUUACUUUUUGUUUUCGGCUAUUUAAAACUGAAAAAUAAAGAUUUAUUGGAAAAAAAAUA